CGGCUCCGCGGCUCCUGACCCGCAUUCACCCGCACUGUACCGGCAGGGGAGGAGCACCGAGCACCGGGAGCAGAACCAGCGAACUCUUCCCCCGCGCACCGUGUCCAUGGCUCAGCGGACGGUCUCCGGCGGCGCCCCGGGCUCCGCUCACCUGACAGCGGACUGAGAGCAGGGCCGGCACCGGGAGGAGGAAGCCAGCGACGCCGCGGUAGAGACGAGUUCCUUGUUCCAUUGAAGACGCGCGGCCAUCCGAUGGUUGUGUCGGUGAAGGAGGCCGGACUCUGUCGUCAUAGCAGCAGGUGGAGCCCCUGAAGGAACCGACCUGUUCAUGUCAAGAGGCAGAGCCAAGCAUCGACUUCCUCAGAUGGACACUGGAAAACCACCAGCAUUCUACUUUUUCAAGAGACACAAGAUAGAAAAAUACAGUCAAGAUUGAAGCAGCACAGUUUUACCUCCCGCCGUCCUCUCCUCGCGCUCUGAGCCAAUCAGAGAGCACCUCUUCAGCGUUCUACCUCCCAGCGAAACAGAAAAGGAAAAAACAAAAAUCAGCAAUUUAUUGUUUGCUCUCAGUUUCCUUUUUUUUUUUUUUUUAUUAUUUUCUUCGUGCAACAUUUCUCCAUUUACCUCAGGGAUCUUCUCCCACUGCCUACCUCCUCCACCGGCCCAGUGACUGGAACACUCAGCGAGAACACGCCUGUGACCUUUCACUGCUGUUGCCCUGACAACCUGCAUUGCCUCUCGAGCUCUACCCACUGAGGCCGCGACAACCAGCAAUGACCUUGGACCUCUCACCACCUGCCGGCUCGGAUCCGCUCACUGCAUGAAUCGUACUGAUCCACAAUUGUAGCCUGGACCUUGGGCUGGUUCGAACUGGAAGGAAAAGGUCGCGCUGCCACACAGGCAGCUACACACUCACAGUAUCCUCACCUUCUGUAAAAUAUACCUGGCAACAAUAUACCUCAGCACACACAUCUUCUAGAAACUCACUCAGUCAAGGAAACAGAAGGGAACCCUUCAGUGACAGCGUUCACUGUCCUGGUGCUCGACCCAGCAGGCAACACGUGCUCACCAGCCCGCUGCUUCAGUCUACCCAGUAGACACCUCACUCCAGCAUCUUCCAUUUGCCUUAGAGGCAGGAGUUCAGCGACAGUAGCGCGGGCGGCCUCCAGAGAAGCAGGGGGAGACUUCAGAACAUCAACUGGCAGGAAACCUCACUCCGUGCGCUUCUCAGGCAGCCAAGUCACAUCACACACACGAGCCUCAUGGCAUAAGCCGUAGCAUCCGAGGCCUUCAGAGAUCACUCAGAAGUUCCCCCUCUGCCUUGAGCUUCCUCUUCACCCGGCGGAGCCUCCAGAGAAGUGGAGCUUCCCUCGGAGCAGGAGAAGUUGUCAUUAGCUUUUCUUGCUCGUGAGGGGAAACCGCAGAGACUGAAGCACUUCCUGGCAGACUCCACUGUAAACCUGGGAGAAAGUGAGAAGAGUAAACACUGAGAAGAUCCAUACUCUGCACCAGCGAGGAGGAAGAGGAGGAGGAGGAAGGGGGGAGCAUUACGAGUAAAGAGAAGAAUGCAGCGCUUUUUAUUGCUUCCUCCGACGUCCCGCCCACCAUGCUCCUCCUAGAUUCUCACGUGUCCAUUGAAGGCGCCGGCGGCGAAUGCUGAGCAGGCUGGCGAGGCUGGGGUCCGCCUCAUUGUCCUGUGAUUGGCCGCUGGACGGUACUGAGGCAGAAUGGAGCCAAUGUCCAACAAGCAGGAUAGCAACUCGUCAGAGGGGGACGAGAAAGGGUGGCCAGAUGUGCCAAAGAGAAAGAGGAAGAACAGCCAGUGUUCGAUGAAGAGUAUGUCUGCUCUUAGCGUCUCUGUUCCAGGAUACAUCCCCAGCUACCUGGAGAAGGACGAGCCGUGUGUGGUGUGCGGGGACAAGGCGACGGGCUACCACUACCGCUGCAUCACCUGCGAGGGCUGCAAGGGUUUCUUCCGCAGAACCAUCCAGAAAAACCUCCACCCGGCCUACUCCUGUAAAUAUGAAGGCUGCUGCAUUAUUGACAAGAUCACCCGCAACCAGUGUCAGCUGUGCCGCUUCAAGAAGUGCAUCUCCGUGGGCAUGGCCAUGGACCUGGUGCUGGACGAUUCGAAGCGCGUGGCCAAGCGGCGUCUGAUCGAGGAGAAUCGGGAGAAGAGGAAGCGGGAGGAGAUGGUGCGGACGCUGCAGGUACGACCGGAGCCCGACACGGCGGAGUGGGAGCUGAUCAGGAUGGCGACCGACGCCCAUCGGCACACCAACGCCCAGGGAUCCAGCUGGAAGCAGAAGCGCAAGUUCCUGUCGGAUGAUAUCGGUCAGGGUCCCAUGGUUCCCACCUCCGAUGGAGACAAAGUGGACUUGGAAGCCUUCAGCGAGUUCACCAAGAUCAUGACCCCCGCCAUCACACGCGUCGUCGACUUUGCCAAGAAAUUGCCCAUGUUCUCAGAGCUGCCUUGUGAAGACCAGAUCAUCUUGCUGAAGGGCUGCUGCAUGGAGAUCAUGUCGCUGCGCGCCGCCGUACGCUACGACCCAGAGAGCGAGACGCUGACGCUAAACGGCGAGAUGGCGGUGAAACGUGAGCAGCUGAAGAACGGCGGAUUGGGCGUGGUGUCGGACGCCAUCUUUGAUUUGGGCAAGAGCUUGGCUCAGUUUAACCUGGACGACACGGAGGUGGCGCUGAUGCAGGCCGUGCUGCUCAUGAGCUCAGACCGGUCGGGCCUCACCAGCCUGGAGAAGAUCGAGCAGUGCCAGGAGGCCUACCUGCUGGCGUUCGAACACUACAUCAACUACCGCAAGCACAACAUUCCCCACUUCUGGCCCAAGCUGCUGAUGAAGGUGACGGACCUGCGCAUGAUCGGGGCGUGCCACGCCAGCCGCUUCCUCCACAUGAAGGUGGAGUGUCCCAGCGAACUCUUUCCCCCGCUCUUCCUGGAGGUCUUCGAGGACCAGGAAGUGUGACGCCCCCCCCCCAAAAAGCACCCUGGACAAAGGAGAGAAUAUCGGGUGUCUUUGGCGUCAGAGGACAAAUGUGGGAAAGACAAGUGGAGAAGUUUUUUUUUUUUGUCCCUUUUUUUUAAUCAAACACCCACAAGACCCACCAGCCACCACCAGCAAACACAUCAACAUCACCCGAGAGAAACACACUGACAAUCUGGUCAUUCUGAGAGGUACACACACACACACACACACACACACACACCACAGUUUAAUUCCAAACUCGGUGCCAUGAACGUACAGUUUAUCUUUAUGCAAAACACAAAUCCCAUCAAUUAACUCCUCUUGCACCUGAAUGGACAAACAGCUCUUCUCUGGAGUUUGGAUCAUCUCCCUCCCCUCCCGCCCCCCCGCCUCUCACCUCAGAACAGCGUCGUUCUUUUUAAUCUCUGGGACCUGACUCUCCUCACGCAGCCCCCCCCCACCCCCCAACGCCCACCUCCCUUGCAUCUCUUUAACUGCGAUGGCAACCGACCUCCAUCCGUGCACGUGCAGCCCACCCCUCAGUCUGCCGAGGCUCCGUGUCUGUCAACCUACCUCCCUCACGUACUGACCUCUCUCUCUCCGUCUGUCUCGACUACACAUACACACAAGCAGAACUCACACACGCCUACACUUUACCUCAUACCUCGUAAAAUGCGUGUCCUCAUUUAUUGUGUGGGCGGCGGUUUUUCUCUAAUGAGAAACCAGGCUCACGUUCUGAUUUACUUCUCUGCUGGAGUUAGAAGUGACAGUGGGAACACUGUGGAGGAAGCCCUUAUCUGUAACGUAUUAUUUACACACACGUUAUCAUGCAACUAUAAUAGGUGUGUGUUAUUAUGUCUUGUUUAUAUAAGACUUUCUGGGCGUGUUAAUAAUAUGUUAAAGGGAAAUAAGAUGGUGUGAACAUCUUAAAGAUUUCUGUGAACAUAUUGAGGAGAGUGUGGUUAUUUUAAGGAUUUUUAUUCUUAAGCCAUUAAUAACUUCGAUAAAAUAUCAAUACAUAAACCUCUGGUGCUGUGAAAUCAUUAAAAAUGUUAUAAUGCACAUAUGACUUUAAAACAUUUGAUUCAGAGCAAAAACUGUAUUAUUUUUAGCGUGAGGGAACUACACAUCCCAUAAUCCAUUGCAAGUGACCCCUUUCCAAAACGUAGCAUAGCAUGCUAAACGAGCAAGUGAAAGUCCAAAUCAAUAUUUAUAUAUUAACAACAGAUUAUAUAACCACUUGCGUGUGAAACGGUGAUGAUACAAGACACAAACAAUAAAUACAAAUAAUCAAUAUGUUCACAGGAGGCUCUCGUCACACCUUAUAACUGUUCAUUCAAAAUUCAAACUUUAAUCUAUAAAACUGAUUGUUAUGAUUUUCAAAGUAAACUGUGUCAGCGUAUAUAUACGUUACUCUUAUGAUUUUAUUUUGGUGUCGCCCACUGGACUAAACAAAGCAGAGGAGUGAAUCCAUCACAUUCACUAAACUUCAUUAACUGAAACGAAUCGUGAAAUCGUGGAGCUACAUAACCUGAAAAUGUUGAAAAACUGUUCACACACGUGAAUAUAAGUAUACAUACACACAUAUAUUUAUAGAUUAUAUAUCUAGAAUACCUCUCCAACACAUACCUCUUGUUUUCAUUACCUCACUCACACUAACACACACACAUGUAGUACACACACACAUUCAGUUUUUUAUUGUAUAUUACCUCAGUUGUUUGUUGCUCGUCUCGUCCUCCCCCUGAAUAACCACCGGACCGUACCACACUUCCUGCCUUCGAUGUGUGUAUGUGCGUGCGUCUUCUCAGUGGAGCCCCGCCCUGAUAAUCACACCCCCCAGCCCCGCCUCCUCGCCUCCCUGCUGUCACGUGAUAGGUUCGGUGCUGGGCAGGUGGCGGUCUCGCCCGUCGCCUGUUUCACGUCCGGUCUGAAGGUGACAGACUCUACCUCACCUCUCAGCUCUCAUCUCAGUGCAGCAGCUCCUCACACACGUGUAUAUAUUUCCAGAUGUGUAUAUACAAAUAUAUAGAUGUGUGAGUGCGCUGCAGUACCCACAGUGGCCAGCAGGUCUUAGAAACGGGCCGUGGAUCUUCUCCUCUCCUCUUCAUCUCGUCACUUCACACGGGACCAAGCGUCACUUUGGAUUCCUCCUCACUUUGGUACCUGAGUCGACACAGAGCAGCAGUGACGGGGGGGGUGAUGAUGGAGCCUAAAGGAAACUGUGAGCGCAGCGGCUGAAGCUGGGACUCCAGUGGAAGACAUUUUGGCCCAAGCGGGUCAAGCCAAUGGAUUAUGUAGGGUGGGGGACUGGGAGGUAAAUAAACAAUCACGUCAGCAGUAUUUUGCCUGUGGAUGUGGUUUUAUCCGGCCGACGGGAGGGAAACGGCGACCGAGCGACUGUGGUGGUGACGUGACUCAGGCCAAGCCGACAGAGAACCACCACCACACAAAAAAAUGGACCCUUCUCCUGGCACUUACAGAUCCUCGCUGGAUCCUUCCCUCGCCGCCACAGGACAAAUGGACACGAAGCCAUUUAAAAGACUUUCUGAGCGACUCUCCUUUCCCAGACACUCACACUAUGAAAGAAACACUGCUGAGAUAAGCUCCACCCACCAUUUCCCAACUUGCCAUCCACUUGAAAUAACUAUCAGGUUUUUUUCUGUUGCACUAAAACCACAAUGUCUGUAUCCCUCAGUGACCCUGACCCCUUCCUCUACCCCCCUCCCCCACACCUCUCCUCCUUCUGCCUGUCUUAAGCAGUCUUAAUAAUAUUCUUUCAAAUAUGUAACACACACACACACACACACACACACAGUCCGCUAUCCCAUCUCUUGAUUACCGUGACUGGGACGUGGCCUUCAGGUGCCGCCACUCUCAGUGUUACUCAUCUUUGUUGCAGGGUAUUUAAAUAGAACUGUAAGCGCUGAUUAUACAGGGAUAUAAAAACACACACACACACACAGCACGGGUGGAGUUUCCACCCACUGACUCCAGGUCUGCUGUGUUUGUACCGUACUCUGCUCACUAUCACUGUGAAUGAAGCCAUGUUGCAACCGGGUCAUGGCUCAGACAGGGAACCGCUGGCUCAGUAAUCCUGACAUGUCGAUGUGCCUCACAGAGGUUAGUAAUGCAAAUAUACAGUUUAUAGAUAACAGAUAGAAUACACAUGUAUGUGUGUGUAUAUAUUUAAUAUAUAUAUGAUACAGAUAUAUAUAUAUAUAUAUAUAAAAGGUUACUGCUAUUGUUUGUGGCAUUAGAGCGAUCCGUGGCUGUUUCAAGCUUCCAGCUCAAACGGUGACUCGUCGUGCAGCCGAGGGAGAACGAGCUCAGUUUACCCGCCUGUAUUAACGUCUGUAAAACAAAACUCAUGAGUUGUUUUCAGCUGUUUGCCUUGUGGUGAUCACCGACUACCCAUCACCGUUUACCCACCUCCUGCUUACCUCCAGUUCACUUCAUAGAGCACAAGAAGUACCUUAAAAAGUAAAGUGUUGAGAUGCCGCGCGGUCGACUCUGGUCCACGCGAAGCUGCACGAAGUCACGUUUGGAUUUGAGCUGGAAGCACAGCCUCUCUCUCUCUCUCUCUCUCUCUCUCUCUCUCUCUCUCUCUCUCUCUCUCUCUCUCUCUCUCUCUCUCUCUCUCUCUCUCUCUCUCUCUCAGCCAAAUGAUCAACGGAGAAAUCCUCCCGCUGUCCUUUAAAAAAAAAAACGAACGACCACACCAGCACCACAGAGCACACUGCCUUCAGCUAUGAUUAGUUGCACCAGCAUAGCAGAGAGACAGACCAAUAGUCCGAGACCAUCCUCCUCACCAAAAAGCCAUUUUAACUGGACAUCGUGAUGCUAUGUUCAGACAGCAGGCAAACCACUCACAUCUUCUUCACUCACACUAACUGUCACUAUCAGGUUUAAACGUGACCAGAUUUAAAUGUUUGGUUUCUGCAGGAUUUUGAUUUGUUGUGAUUGCUGCAACAACUCGAGGUGCCGCACCAGACCCAGAUCCUUGUCCUCACUUUCACGGCUUCAUGAGUUCUGCAGUUCGUCCAGAGGAGGAGUUCUGAAACUUUCUUACUCAUUUCCUGCAAUAUGAAACAAAACGGAUUUGCCGAGCGGGUUCGGCACGGCCCGGGUGGGGGUGCAGGGCGCAACUCUGCAGGCAGAAGAGCCACAGGGACUCUUUGGAAUGUUGCGUUCUGUGUUACGACCCCGUCACUUUCCACACUUCCUCUGCGAAGUGAAAAACAAACCGAUAAAGUCUCCGUCUUAUCCGCACAGCGACCACAGAAUUGUGUUUCCUCUCCUUCUCUCAGUUUAAAGUUAAUGUUACGUUUACACUGAACUCAAAUGUGAACUUCACGCUAAGCUCUGCCGCUGCAACAUGGCACAAGUAACUCUGACAAAUACUCUGAGGAAGUUCCGCUCUCAUGCAACUCGUUAAAUAAACUAGUAGAACUACUUUUCUUACUUAUCCAGGGACGCAUCUCUUCUCCCCGUCCUUCAGCCUCAUUCCGUCCCCCCAGCGCUCCCAUUCCACUCUCCUGGCAUCUCCACCUUCUCUGCAAUUAACGUCCCCCUGACAUCCUCCUCCAUCUACUUCACUUUGACCUCUUAGUAAUAUGUACCCUUAACCCCUUCCCCCACAAACACACACACACACAAACACACACACACACAAGCAAACACACACACACACACCUAACUGAUGCUAACACUCUUGGUGGAGAAAGACGACAAUCCCUGCAGCAAUAUGUCCACAUGUGGAAUGUAAAAUACUGACAUUGUACAAUUGAUGACACGGUGUGAAGUCCCACACCCAUGUUGUUUUUGAUGUUGUUGACGUUGCUUUCGUUGUGCACCAAGUGUUCGUUGUUCUGCUUAUUCUGGGAUGGAUGAGUUUGCAGGUGGAGUUAAAAACUCCGAUCGUGUGACAGACUGCUACUGAUGAGUCCUUUUUAUAGAAAAGACAAAAAGAUGCGGUGUGAAAAGACUGAAAAGCAAGAGAUGAAGUGAAAAAGCUGUUUUCUUUUCAAUGAUUAUUCUUUGAUGUCAUUAUUAAGUUGCAUCUGAUUUUCUUGGUAAGUGAAUGUCUAUCUGUGUUGAUGCUUUACUGUGAGAAAAAUGGCUGUUUAUGCACUUUCAGACCAUCGUCGGUGCAGUGGUAGCUUGUGCUCAAACGUCACCCAAGGUCCGGGUUCCAGAUCACGUUCGGUUCAGCUCAUUGGUCCUUCCAACGAUCACAUGUCGCAUUUUAAAUUAACUCAAAAGUGACAGUUUAUCUGAUGAGGCUCCAGCUCAGCGGCGUGUGUGUGUGUGCUAGCUUUUAAACACACAUCAUGUCGUUAAGCAAUUCCCUCAAAAACUGCUCUUUUAACCAGCUGACAUUGAAACAACUUAUUAAACACAAUCAUAACAAAGUGUUAUGUGUAAUUACUUUUGCAAUAUAAUUAGUUCCAACUGAAUCUGAGACUGUUCUGUUGUAGCCGUUGAGCGGUUCAUAUUUUACAAACAGGAUUAGAAGCUCUCGUAGAUUUAAGGUGUUAAAGCUGUGAAAGACGAUACUUGUCGAUACUUAUGAGGGAAAUGUUGUUUCUCCACAGAAACACGACCAAUCACUCCAACAAAUAUAUACGGUUACUAACUUUCAGCCGUUUCUAAGACUUCCACCCUAACGAGUAAUAAACCAAUUAGAUAAAUAUCGAUGCGUGAACUGAACUGAAUGUGAUGGAACCUGCUUCCUGCUUCCACACUUGCUUGGGCUGUAUCACUUUCUACGCUGAGCAGUUGCUCGUCCUCCUGAUCUGGGUCAAUCAAAAAACAAAAGACAAAAAAACAACACCCACUUCCUGAUCUUAGAUCAGGGCUCAUCUGCGAUAUAUAGAUCUGCCAUAUAUUAAUCUCAGUGUUGUGACAGAAUAUUGCUUGUGAUGGAAGAUAAGCCUUCGAACAUACAAGAAGGAGCGACAUCAAGUAACACAAUAAAAAGAUCACAAAAUCGAAACCAAAAAAAAAAGAGAUUCAUACAACUUUUCAUACCUCAUCACUGCUUUGUGCCAGAGUAAGGGAGGGGGGGGGGUGGUCAGUCUCAAGCACAGAACUCCACCAGCGGUCGGCUCAACAUGGACGCAGCAGUUUGCUCGAUGUCUGAACAGAAGCUGGAGGAGUUUCCGUCGGAGCGGUUUAGUUCCUAGCUCCUGGCCAAAGUCUCCACGUCCCUGAAAUGAAAGUCCCGCUCACACGUGCACGAGUGUUUCAGCAGCGAAACCUUCACCUUCAGUUAAACGUUCACUUCCUGUGACGAAGCAAAUCACAGCGUGGCUCCGACUUCGGUGAAACUCGCUCCACGUUCGCGUGCGUGUGACUUGGACCUAGAUUUAAAAAUAAAAACAACAACAAAAAAAAAACUGUCAAGAUGUAAAAUCGUAGAAUCAAAUUGGUGAAAAUGCUUAAAUGAUCUGUUCAGGUUGUAAUGAUAAUGUUGUGGCUCUAGAAAAAAAAAAAUCAGUUUGCAAACGAAAGCACUUACUUUGUUAUAUCUAUAAGGAACUGGUCGCAUGAAAUAUGAAGCCAUGCUUUGAGUAUUUAUCAUCAGCUGGAAGAUAUUUAUUCCUUCUCUACGUGUGUUCCGCCCUGACAAACCCCGGAGAGGCCUGAAGCUCUGUCAGGACUGGAGUUAAGUGCAUUGGGUCGUUUGGCCAAAUGAAUAAUGGAUCAUGAAUAAUGCAAGCUCAAAUUACAAAACCCUCCACAAGGCCAAGAAGAGCGCUGCUCCCCAAACGGCUCGAGGAGCGAUUCUCCUCCUCGAGCCUUCAAAUCCCCUCAAGUGCAAACACGCAGUUGUAUUUGUGACCCUUGUACUUUAAUACAGGCCAGGAAAUUGUGCCUUUAAAAAGAAAAGUCCAGGACCCCGAGUCCCGGACGACCAUUCCCAUGAUGACAAUGUCCUCUCUUUGUUUAUGUGUUGCUCCCAGCAGCUCCCCCAACCCCCACCCCCACCCCCACAGUGACCUAUGCAGUAAGCACACGACUCGGCCACAAUUCGCCAAAUCUGAGAGACGUCAUGUGAGGCCCCUGCACGAGCAGACGGCUACUUCCUGCUUGCGAAGCAGCCGUGAUUUUAUUGGCACAGCACAGUGUUGAAUGUAAAGCUGAGUGAGAUGUGGUCUGAGAGUUUGACGGUGUUUUAAUGAUGAUGCUGGUCAUGGGUUUGUAUCGGGCACAGUCGUUGUUUGUCUUGAUUUCUGUGACAAAUCAUUCAUGGCACAAUCAGAGAAUGGCAUCUCAAUGGCUCAAAGCUGUUUGUGUUUGUGGCUAUGUGACAUUCAUUUUCAGCAUUAUAAAGUUAUUUGAUAUCA